GUUAUAACCAGUGAUUCUACCAAACAUAUUAUUAAAAACUAUAUAAAUAUAUAUAUUUUUUCUUCUAAAUUAACCGUAAACCCAUUUUUAGAGAAAAGACAGAAGAGAGAAAAGAAAAAGGACCCAGUUAUAAGCUUCUUCACUCAGGCACAGUGCAGUCUCACCACUUGGCUGUCUAUUUCACUCCCUCUCUCUCCCCCUCUCUCUCUCUCUUUGUGGUCUAAAAAUUUCUACAAGACCACCCAAAAACAAAUAGCUCAAAAAUUCAAAAGCGCCACCAGCAAAAGCGCGGCACAGCCGGAACCACGUUUUCGGCUUCCCAAUUUCUCUGAUUCUUCCCCCUAUUUUUUUUUUUUAAUUUUAAUUUUUUGGUACAAUUAUUAGUAUUCCGGUUAUGGGUUGUACGGCGUCCAAGCUGGACAACGAAGACACCGUAAGGCGGUGCAAGGAGCGACGCCACCUUAUGAAAGAGGCGGUCAGUGCUCGCCACCACUUGGCGGCUGCUCACGCCGACUACUGCAGGUCCCUCCGGUAUACUGGCUCCGCUCUGCAAUCUUUCGCUUCUUACGAACCUCUCUCCGUUUCCGAUCAAACACCCGCCGUCUUUCUCCAUCCGCCGCAAACACCACCCAGCUCAGCCAAUGCCAUCCCGCCGCGUGUCCCUUCACCAUCGCCGUCUAUCCAUCCGCCGCCACCUCCGCCAUUCUCCCCAUCUCCUUCUCCGACUAUAGCCAGCUCUAAGCUCCCUCACAUCCUCUCUGCGUCCUCUAUUUCGUCUUCAAUCCCAACAAAAACAACAACCCGCCACCACCAACAGCAACAACGACGUCGUAAACCGGCGGCGUCGAAACUCCCUCAUAUUCUAUCGGAGUCGAGCCCAUCGUCGUCUCCUAGAAGCCAGAAUUCGAAUUUCACGGCGGGUUUUCCAACCGCUUACCAGGUGAAUUCGACCUAUUCCAGCACUCCGUCUCAGGCUUCGUCUGUGUGGAAUUGGGAGAACUUCUACCCUCCUUCUCCACCCGAUUCAGAAUUCUUCAACCAGCGUGCCCAGUUCAAGCAAUUUAACCAUGAUAAGCAAUCCAAUCACGAUGAUGAUUUCGACGAAGAAGUGGAAGAGGCGGGGACGGAAACUGAGAGAUCAGAGUACGAUUUCUUCAACCCCUCGGCCAAAAAUCAGCACCACCUCAAGGACGAGUAUACAGAGACGGAGAGAGAGGAGGUGCAGUGCAGUGAAUGGGGUGACCACUACAGUACCACGAGCUCGUCGGAGGACGACGACGACAGGGAUUCGAGAUCCGAGAUGGGUGUACGGUCGAAUUUCGGAUCCUCCGUGCGGGCGGAGUCGGUGGCUGCUUCUGCUGCUCCGGCACCAGCGCCGACCAGGUACGCGGCGAACAGGAGCAAGUCGGGUAGAUCGGUGGAUUCAUCGGCGAGUUAUAGGAGACGAGAGAUCUCGGACAUGAAGAUGGUAGUGAGGCACAAGGACCUGAAGGAGAUUGUGGAGGCCAUUAAGGAGAAUUUCGACAACGCCGCCGCCGCUGGAGAUCAGGUCUCCGAGAUGCUCGAGACCGGAAGGGCCCAGCUCAAUCGGAGUUUCAGACAGCUUAAAAAGACUGUGUAUCAUUCCAGCAGUGUAUUAAGCAAUUUGAGCUCAAGCUGGACUUCAAAACCGCCAUUGGCGGUUAAGUACCAGCUCGAUGCUGUUUCACUCAAAGAACCGGGCGGACGGAAGAGCCUCUGCUCCACUUUGGAACAGCUCUUGGCUUGGGAGAAGAAGCUUUACGAGGAAGUGAAGGAUAGAGAAGGCUUCAAGAUUGAGCAUGAAAAGAAGUUGUCAUCUCUACAGAGCCAGGAGUACAAGGGGGAGGAUGAAACUAAGCUGGAUAAGACCAAGGCAUCAAUAAAGAGGCUGCAAUCGCUUAUUAUUGUCGGAUCUGACGCUGUCUCUGCAACCUCGAAGUAUAUAAUUGAUCUUAGAGACUCUGAUCUGGUUCCUCAGCUUAUUGAUCUAUGUCACGGGUUUAUGUACAUGUGGAGAUCAAUGCAUCAGCAUCAUGAAGUUCAGAAUAACAUUAUCCAACAAGUCCGUGGCCUUGUGAAUCGAUCAACCAAGGGUGACUCCACUUCUGAACUUCACCGGCAGGCAACUCGUGAACUUGAAUCAGCCGUCUCUGCCUGGCACUCUAGUUUUUGUCGCUUAAUAAAGUUCCAACGGGACUUCAUUAGGUCCCUUCAUGGUUGGUUCAAGCUUACCCUCAUUCCUGUUGACAAUGACAAUGUGAAUGGCAACAGGGAAUCUUCUGAUGUGUAUGUUUUCUGUGAUGAGUGGAAGCUUGCACUUGAUCGUGUCCCUGAUACGGUGGCUUCAGAGGCCAUCAAAAGCUUUAUCAAUGUUGUCCAUGUAAUAUAUGUGAAACAAAGUGAAGAGCUUAAGAUUAAAAAACGCACGGAAACCGCAUCGAAGGAGCUUGAGAAAAAGGCUUCAUCUGUUCGGAAUAUAGAAAAGAAGUUUUACCAGUCAUACUCUAUGGUUGGUAUUGGACUUCCUGAUGCAGGUCCUGAUAAUGGCCAGGGUUUGGAUGCUCGGGACCCACUUGCUGAGAAAAAAUCUGAACUUGCAGCCAGCCAGCGGCGGGUGGAAGAUGAGAUGAUGAGGCAUUCAAAGGCAGUGGAGGUGACUAGAGCAAUGACUCUGAAUAAUCUUCAGACAGGCUUGCCAGGGGUAUUUCAAGCACUGACCAGUUUUUCUUCCUUAUUCAUGGAGGCACUUGAGACUGUUUGUACACGUGCCUAUGCAAUUAAAUAGAUAAUACAUAUAUAUAUAUAUAUAUAUUUUUUUUUCCACUUCUGUUUUUGAGUCAAGUUGGUAUUUAUUAGAGCUGGGAUUUUUUUUUUUUUGGCCGGGGUGUGAUUAUUGUUUUUUUGAGGUUGGGGGGUUUUGGAUGUGUAAAUAUGUGGAAUUUUGUGAUUUUUGCAAUCCAUUUUGGUUGGGGAAGGAAAAUGUCUGUACAGGAAAAUUGCUUCGAUUGUUUUAUCCGACAUUGGCUCUUUACGGCAGCUGGAAUAAAGAUAAGUUCUCUGCCCUUUUCUUCCA